CAAACUUCAAUUCAAUGCUCUUCACAUUGUUUCAUCUUAUCUUCCGUUUUCCUGUUUGGGCUUUGAGAUUCCAUUUUGUUGUGGUUGUGAAGUUAUUGUUAAAAACGCUUGUUGAAAUAAUUAAUGAGUUUCCUGGAAAAUAAUUUUUCUAUGGGUUUUAUAUCGCAGUAAAUUUAUUGACAAAAAUGUUCGCACUCAAUGUGUUUUUUUCGCUUUAUGUAGCGUGUACUCUUUUGUCAACAAUUAUUACCUCGGUACCGGUAAUAACACAUAAUUUUUCUGGAGAAAGAAAAGCUCGUGGUAUUUCAGAUGAAUUGCAAGGUGUUCCUGACGAUAACCAUCAACAUCCGACUGAAGCAGCAGAAACCACCAAGACUACAGGUACUUUCGCUUUGAGUCGUCAGAUAUUUUGUCAAUUGUGUUCUUGUCCACAUUGGUUUGAUCUUAGAUGUGUGGAAUUGAAAUGCUGCGAUGAAAAAUCGGAUAUUGUGAGAGAUGUGUCAAAUAUGUCUAUUUCUCUCACUACAAGUGACGCAACUGCCGAACAAAAUGUAAACACCGACAUGGAGGACACUGAAGUGCUCUCCAAAGAAGCAGAUCAGCAGAAAAAGGUCAUCAUCGGCGUGGAAGAUAGGACCAGCGAAGUGGUCCCUGUAGGAACAAUUGAUAGCACAAAGAGUACCUCAGAGUGCUACAGCAAUGUGUCAGAAACAGAAAAGUUUAUCCCGUCUAAACCUGCUACAUUUGACUCGGAUGUAAGCAAUGAAACAAAUCCAGUUUCCAACGGCGCCAGUGUCUUCUUCAACUCUUGGACUGUUGUUUUCAUCGUUGUUCUCGCCUCAACCUCUCUGUUCAGUGCCCUGAGGUAUGCAAAAAGAUGGAGGAGAGAACAAAUGCGUGAGAAUUAUCUGAUUGAUGGUCUGUACAGUGAGGCUCGCCCACUGUGCCUCAAUGAUAUGCUGGAUUAAAUCCAAGCAAUUCCUAAAACCUCAGUAUUCAUAUUCAUGUUUUAAUAACACUUUCGGCCAACGACCGAUUCAACACUAGAACACUCUGAAUUAAGCAUAUUGACUACUUUAUAUGACUGUAUAUGCUUUUAGUGCUCUAGUGUUGAUUUGGUCAUUGGCCAAAACUGUUAAUUUAUUGAAUUUCGAUAAUUUUGUUUCUCGGAGUAAAGAAAUCCACGGACCAACCCCAAAUCAAACUUUCAGUAGCUCUACUUCUUAUAAGAAAACAAAACACUCGGAGCAUAAUACGUUCAUUCAUAAAAAUACAUGAAGUCAUUCAUAAAAAAGUAUCAUGAAUAAAUAUGAUAUAUUACUUGUCAUAUGACUUUUUAUAUUUUAUGAGUGACAUAUUGAAUGCUAUAUUUAUUCAUAAUAAUUUUUCAUGAAUAACUUCAUUCAUUAUUAACUUCGUCCACUAUGAAUUGUCUUAGACUUUAUUGAUUUGUAUGAUUUAACAUUUCUAUUAAUAUUAUUGACUGUAUUUUAACAUUUUUCAAUUACAUAUAUGAGUAUUGGAAACGAGACGGGGCCGCCGAAAACAAUAGAUGGACAGGUAGAAGUUUUAGUGACCCUUCAGCGGUCGCCUAUUGUUAUUAAAUUUCGACUUUUUUUCUCAUCGACUUUUUAGUGAUUAGAUUCCUCGGACUCCAAAAAAUAAUUUUAGAUUGAUUGAUUCUGAUGAAAAUCUGCGGUUGAAUUAUUUUAUGCUUAAUAAUAAUUACUGUAAGAGAAAACUUUUGAUCUCACUCAAUAACAGAUAAUGUGCGAGGUCAUUGGUUCGAUGAUGAAGAAAUAAUCUCUUGAAUCGCAGUAUUCUAUGUAUCAGUAUCCUAACUAAGCAAUCAUAACUUACAUAACUUUUCAGGAAUACGUGCCAAUACGGAUUGUUAUAUUUUAGACUACUGUCUAUCAUAUGCUGAUUUUACCAAGGUCGUUAUUUCAGUUAUAUUCAGACGUAAAUAAAGCAUUAUAUAGUUCACUACUUAUUGAACAAUCUAGCUUAAAUCGGUGAUGUGUUCAGAUGCUGAUUACGGAAAAAGAUAAUAUUUUUAAGAUAAAUUUUAAACGUAAGGUCCUUAUACCAUGAGAACCCGACAAUAAGAAAUUCAAUAAAAUUCAAUUCAAGAUGGCGGAAAAAAAUGGCGGAUAAUUACUAAAAAACCAUGUUUUUCACGUUUUUCUCGAAAAUGGCUCUAACGAUUUUCUUCAAAUUUAUACCAUGGAUAGCUAUUUAUAAGCCCUAUCAACUGAAAUGAGUCAUUUCAGGGAAAAUUUCAGGAGCUCCGUAAUAUUAUUGAGAAAAAUGGCGGAUAAUGACUAAAAAACCAUGUUUUUCACGGUUUUCUCGAAAACGGCUCCAACGAUUUUCUUCAAAUUUAUACCAUAGAUAACUAUUCAUAAGCCCUAUCAACUGGCAUGAGUCUCAUUUCUGGGAAAAUUUCAGGAGCUCCGUAAUAUUCUUGAGAAAAAUGGCGGAUAAUGACUAAAAAGCCAUGUUUUUCACGGUUUUCUCGAAAACGGCUCUAACGAUUUUCUUCAAAUUUAUACCAUGGAUAGCUAUUUAUAAGCCCUAUCAACUGACAUGAGUCUCAUUUCUGUGAAAAUUGCAGGAGCUCCGUAAUAUUCUUGAGAAAAAUGACAGUUACUAAAAAACCAUGUUUUUCACGAUUUUCUCAAAAUCGGCUCUAACGAUUUUUUUCAAAUCCAUACCCUGUAUAGUUAUUUAUUAGCUCUAUCAACUGACAUGAGACUUUUUCCUGGGGUACUUAUGGGGGGGUCCACCCAAUCCUUGAGAAAUGGACUUUGUAACCUCCUUCUCGUGCAUGAGGUAGGUAGGAACACGGUUUUUACUUUUUCUUCUUCCAUAUACCGUGGGUAGGUAGAGCAAUUUAUAAAAAGAACACAGUCAUAGUCAAGAUAUUUCAUCUGUAGAACAGCUGUUUUGACGAAUUUAAAAAAAAAACAUCGAAUUUCACAAUAUUUACAUAAAGGAAAAAGUACUCUGAAAACAAUUGUAUAUACACAUAUACAGUAGUCUGAUCGUAGUUGCAAAUAUGUUGCCGUCAAUCGUCAUUAUGUUUUUCUCCUAAAUUAUUCUCGUUUGAUAUUGAGGCUUAGGUUUAUUUAGCGAACUAUAUUGGAAAUUUUAAGGUAGGGUUAUAGAAAGGGCACUUUGUUCCGUGGAUGUUUUUUUACAAGAGAAAUAUUUGAUCAAAAUAAGGGGAAAGGUUUUUAAGCGAAAAUAGAUGUAAAAUUUUAAAUAGUUCAAUGAGCAAGGAAAGUUGUGUGAGUGUACCACACCAGAUUUUUAUUACAAGUAGUCUGUUAAUAUGUUGGAGUAGUUAGUGCGUGUAACUGUAAAAAUGAAUUAGUAACACUUGAAUAGUCUUCAUAAAUGAUGUAUUAUUCUACUUGUUUUCAAGACGCAUGCUAUGUGUUCUAUGAAAACUUUGGUAAAGCUUGUGCGCAAUGCACUAUCAUUCUGCCUCGGUAUACAUUCCUUCCAAAUUAGACUGUUAAAUGAACAAUAUCAAUAAAUUGUUUCGUUAAAUUUAGGAUUUUUAUUUCUUAAAGUCUAGUUCUAAAGUUCUUAAAGGAUUUUUAUUGGAGUUAUUAUUAUAUUGUGGUAAGAAGCACAAUUCGAUAUACUUAUGUUUUCAGUAGUUUUAUGGUUUCAACCACCUAUAAAAUAUAGGUUUUUUUAUAAUUAUUUUUAUUUUGAGUUUUCUACAGUAUAAGUCUGAUUAUUUAAUAGUUUAGCUCUAUUGGUUAUAUUGUGUUUAGAGACAUAGGACAAUAAUAAUAAUAUUAAUGAUAGUUGGACUGUAAGAAAUGAGAUAGAAUACAGAAAAGAGAUGAGACAAUAAAUUUUCCAAUUUAAUAGAGCAAUGUUGUUUGAUCAUAUUAAUGCAAAUAAACUGAGCUGGAUAAGUAUAAUGGAUAAGUAAGUAAGUUCUCUAUCAAUCAUCAAAUAAUUAGAUUUGCCAACUUGAUGAAAAAAUUAUAAAAGUAUAUUUUUUAACAAAUAGUUUUUCACGAAACUAAAACUUGAAUAGUUUUUCAUAUUCAAUUUAAUCUACUUGCCAUACUCAAAUAAUAUUGAGAUGACUUGACAUAAGAGAUCUGCUUCCUUAUAUUUUAUUCUACUUACAUAUUCACUGUGCAUAUUACAUUCACAUUUAUCAGUAUCUAUUUGGUACUAUAGGACUGUAAUAUCCAUUCUCCUUCAUAUUUCAACACUUUUCUUCACCAUUCAAGGUGACAAUGUUUUUGGUAUUUGAAUGCAUGUAUGUAAUUGAAACUCAUGAUGAGUUCUGAGUCGUAUUUUAUUGACAUUGAAACAUAUCCAUACUAUCAUUAUUAUUCAAGUUUCAAUGACAUGUUUAAAGGUUGAGAGUGAUUUUUAUUGAAGUUUUGAUAAAACUCUAACUUUGUGUUAUAUUGUAAUAUGUAUGAGAACUGUUGAUGGUUUAGGUUAUUAUAAUAUCGUUGUUCACUAACUGUUGAAUCACUUCCUUUUUCAUUAUAUAUAUAUAUAUAUAUAUAUGUGUAUUCCCGUGCCUUGAAAGUGUUUUUAGACAUAUAUCUCAUAUAUCCUUGAAAGAGUUGUCUUAAAACUUGGAAAAACUCUGAUAAUGGCCAAAAAUAUUUUUACAGAUAACUUCUACAGAGUGAAUUAUUUCAUCAAUUCAUUUCAAAUUCAGUAAAUAAUAUUCAAUUCAUGGUUUGUAUUAUUUUGCUUUACCAUAACGUUCCAGUAUCAAAAUUAAUAUUAUUAAUUAUCGAUAUUAUUAAAAUAUCGAUCUUACUUACUUCAAUAACUUAAACAGUUCUUUUAGCGAAUAACUCUACAACUUAAAUUAAAUGUUAUAGUCAUUCUUAUUGUAUUGUAUUAUUUUUAGUAUAUUACUGAUUUAUUGAAAAUGGCCAAAGAUGAAAGCUUUUAAAUGUUUUGUAAUGGAAGGGAACAUUAAAUUUUUAAGUGUAUUUGUAGUUAUCGUUGCAUUUCCUUCUAUGAACUGAUAGCUCGAUUUCUAUUCUCCUUCUUGAAUAAGGUAAUCUUGCCCAAACCUAUUCAUAUCAUGAGUGAAGUGUUGUAAUUCGAAGUUUUACGCUCCCCAAAAUUGAUGAUUUUAAUACCAAUAAGUCAAAUGAAUGUCGUUCUAUGUCAAUUUGAAUUUAAAAUUUAAGAUGAAAUUCAAAUUUGUGAAUUUUUUUAUUAAAUAGUUCUAUUCAAUUGUUUUUUAUUCCGUCUGGCUCAGGUCUGGUGUCAGAUUUUUCAGGUCGCACCUGAUCAAUUUCAAGGUCUCUGACACGACCUGACGACUGUUAUUAGGAAGUCGGGGCCGGUGAUUAAACAUUUUCAUUUAUCUCUAAUCCAUAAGAUUAUUAGAACCGAUAUGAAUUCAAGUUAUUUUGACUCAAACCAAUAUGAAAGGAUUUGAACCUUCAUUUCAAAGCAUUUGUGAAAAUGUCUUGUGAAAUAAUUUUUAUUUUAAGAUCAUCAUCGUUUGUUUGUCCUUGCGAACCAAAAUGAUGAGAAUGUCUUCAUUAAAAAAUGUGAAAGAUUCAGUUAACUAGAUAAUCAAUCUUAUGUAGAUAGGCUGAUUCACUGGUAAAAUAAGUAAAAAAUAAUUUCAAUGUACUUAUUCAUUCCAUUUUAUUUUUGAUUACAGUUCUUUUUAUGAUCGACAUUCCACAUUGUUGAAUUUAAUAAAUAAUUGGAAAAUCUUCUUUUCUUAUUAUCAAAUAAGAUGAGCUGUGUUUCACUCUUCCUAUUAGAAUAAUAAUGCUAUUAUAUAUUACCAAAAAUUAAAGUCAUAAAACUGGUUCUGUUUAGUGUAUUUUAUAGUGAUGUUCACUUUAUAAUGGCAGUGUGUGGUUUGCAAUUGUGUUGCUAUCCUUGUCUAUCGUUCAACAAAGCAGAUAGCGCUAUCUCUUUCACGCAUUGCGAUGUUGCCACAUCGUUUAUCAACAAUGUAGAAAUUCAAAUUUUAUCUAAAUCAUGAAAAUUUAUUAUUACAUCUUUAAAAAAAUAUAUAUUUUCUUGACAAAUAAAAUAUGAUUAACUAUUUUCAGCAAUAAUGAACAGUCAAGUUUAUCAUCAGAUAUACCAGUAUCAGCUGUUUGGGUGGCAAGGCUGAGAUCUGGCAAACCUUUUCUCCUAUCUUCCUACACUGCCAUUAUAACGUGGACCUCACUAUAGGUGAUAUUUUUGUUACCCUGUAUGGCAUUAUGAAACUGCAUUUACUUUUAACUACCGAGUGGUUUAGAAAGUUUGUUUGUUUGAACCAUAUUGAAAAUGUUAUGUAACUUUUAUAAGUUGUGAACUUUGGAGGAGAUCUGUAAAUGAAGAAGUUGAUAAUUUUUAAAUAAAAUCUUGAAAAAAUAUUCUAUGUUUUUCAAUAAAUAUUAUGUACAUGAACUUA